CAAUACCGAAACCCUGCCGAUUCCCUGGGAAACCAGAAAGCAAAUGCUCAACGCAUUGGGCGGCUCCUGGGCGUUUUGGCUCAGGCCGCAGGUGGACAUUAUGUUAAAUGAUGCGAUUGUGUUUUUUGCCUUGAGUUGCACAGGGUUUUCAUGUAUCCAACUCGAUUGAGUUGGGUUGUGUAAUACGCCCGCAUUUGUUUAUGCUGCGGUGCUUGUGGUUCUGUUGGCUUUUUUCGCCACGACACGCUCGAUUGGAAAAGAAACUUGCCUUUUUGUUUCGGCUAGCUUCUCCAAGCAGGAGAUCGAACAUGGCGCGCCGUUGCCAGUGGUUGUUCUGGUUGUUUUCCCUUGCGCUUUACCUCGCGCUCCGGCAGGUUCGACAACUCACCUUUGACGUGCCGGCCCUUGAUCGGCGCUCGCAGAGCCCAGCAUUUGGCGGUUCUGCUCGGUUUGUGCAAGGGCCCCCGCAAGUCUCGCAACGAGGCAUGAUCACUGCCCGUCGGUUCAAGGUCACGAUUCGAACGACGGAGGGCGACACCGCUUUUGAUUGUCCUGAGGAUGUACAUAUUUUGGAACAGGCGGAGGAGGAGGGACUCGACAUGCCGAGCUUUUGCCGUUAUGGCGAUUGUGCUGCAUGCAUUGAAGUCGUUUCUGGAGAUGUUGACCAAAGCGAGCAGAUGUUCUUAAGCGAGGAAGAGAUGGAGCAGGGCUACUGCAUUACUUGCGUGGGAUAUCCAACGUCCGACGUGACCAUUCAAGCCAAUUGCAGAGACGAUGUCAUUGAAAGCAAGUGCUGCUUCACAACACCUCUCUGUGAGUGGUGUCCCUACCAAGGCAUUGAAGGUGACCGGCCAAAGCGUCAGCAGCGAACGCUUGCCAGAUGAGAUGAAGCAGGAGUUUUCAUGGACCUAGGCUGUGUGAGUCGCAAUAUUGCGCCAUCACUUCUCGCGAUGAUGUGAAUUGCCCGAACGUGGGUGU